UCGGAGGUCCCGCGGGGUCUUCCUGCGCGCGCGGCUGCGGAGGCCCGGGGGAGGCACCCGGGAGACCCCGGCCUGCCCGCGUCCCCGGCGCCCCGCGCUCCCCGUCGGAAGCCCUCGGCGUCCUGGAGCCUCCUGGUGUCUCCCCGCGGGGCUGCUCUCUUCCCAGGGAGACCUCAGUUCCAAGGUUUGGCUCAUGAUUGACAGCUCAGAGAGAGAAUUGGAGGGAGGAUGGAUGCAAAAGCUCGAAAUUGUUUGCUUCAACAUAAAGAAGCUCUGGAGAAGGAUAUCAAGACAUCCUACAUCAUGGAUCACAUGAUUAGUGAUGGAGUUUUAGCAAUAUCAGAGGAGGAGGAAGUGAAAAAUCAGCCUACCAAACUUCAACGAGCAGCUGUUCUCAUGAAAAUGAUACUUAAAAAGGAUAAUUACGCCUACAUAUCAUUUUACAAUGCGCUUCUACAUGAAGGAUAUAAAGACCUCGCUGCCCUUCUCCAUAGUGGCAUUCCUGUUAUUUCGUCUUCCAGUGUCAAAGACUCAAGUGGUGGAAUAACUUCGUAUGUAAGAACAGUGCUAUGUGAAGGUGGAGUACCGCAGAGGCCAGUUGUCUUUGUUACUAGGAAGAAGCUGGUGAAUGCAAUUCAGCAGAAGCUCUCCAAAUUGAAUGGUGAAUCAGGAUGGGUCACAAUAUAUGGAAUGGCAGGCUGUGGAAAGUCUGUAUUAGCUGCAGAGGCUGUUCGAGAUCAUUCCCUCUUAGAAGGUUGUUUCCCAGGAGGUGUACAUUGGGUUUCAAUUGGAAAACAAGACAAGUCUGGGCUUCUGAUGAAACUGCAGAAUCUUUGCACACGGUUGGAUCAGGAUGGGUCUUUUUCCCAGAGGCUCCCACUUAAUAUUGAAGAGGCUAAAGAUCGUCUUCGCAUUCUAAUGUUGCACAAGCAUCCAAGGUCUCUGUUGAUCUUGGACGAUGUUUGGGAUCCUUGGGUAUUAAAAGCAUUUGACAAUCAGUGUCAGAUUCUACUUACAACCAGAGACAAGAGUGUUACAGACUCAGUAAUGGGUCCUAAAUAUGUAGUUCCUGUGGAGAGUGGCCUAGGAAAAGAAAAAGGACUUGAAAUUUUAGCCCUUUUUGUUAAUAUGAAGAAAGCAGAUUUGCCAGAACAAGCUCAUAGUAUAGUAAAAGAGUGCAAAGGUUCUCCUCUUGUGGUGUCUUUAAUUGGUGCACUUUUACGUGAUUUUCCUAAUCGCUGGGAUUACUACCUCAGGCAACUUCAGAAUAAGCAAUUUAAGAGAAUAAGGAAAUCUUCAUCAUAUGAUUAUGAGGCUCUGGAUGAAGCCAUGUCUAUAAGUGUUGAAAUGCUCAGAGAAGACAUCAAAGAUUAUUACACAGAUCUUUCCAUCUUUCAGAAAGAUGUUAAGGUGCCUACAAAGGUAUUAUGCAUUCUGUGGGACAUGGAAACUGAAGAGGUUGAAGACAUACUGCAAGAGUUCGUUAAUAAAUCUCUCUUAUUCUGUGAUCGGAAUGGGAAGUCAUUUCGUUAUUAUUUACAUGAUCUUCAAGUAGAUUUUCUUACAGAAAAGAAUCGCAGUCAGCUUCAGGAUCUACAUAAGAAGAUGAUUACUCAAUUUCAGAGGUAUCACCAGCCACAUACUCUUUCUCCAGAUCAGGAGGACUGCAUGUAUUGGUACAAUUUUCUGGCAUUUCACAUGGCCAGUGCGAAUAUGCACAAAGAACUUUGUACCUUAAUGUUUUCUCUGGAUUGGAUUAAAGCAAAAACAGAACUCCUAGGUCCAGCUCAUCUGAUUCAUGAAUUUGUGGAAUACAGGCAUAUACUGGAUGAAAAGGAUUGUGCAGUCUGCGAAAAUUUUCAGGAGUUUUUAUCUUUAAAUGGACACCUUCUUGGACGACAGCCAUUUCCUAAUAUUGUACAACUGGGUCUUUGUGAACCAGAGACUUCAGAAGUUUAUCAGCAAGCAAAGCUGCAGGCCAAGCAGGAGGUUGAUAAAGGAAUGCUUUACCUGGAGUGGAUAAACAAAAAAACCAUCAAGAAUCUCUCCCGCUUGGUUGUCCGCCCCCAUACAGAUGCUGUUUACCAUGCAUGCUUUUCUGAGAAUGGUCAGAGAAUAGCUUCUUGUGGAGCUGAUAAAACCUUACAGGUGUUCAAAGCUGAAACAGGAGAGAAACUUCUAGAAAUCAAGGCUCAUGAGGAUGAAGUGCUUUGUUGUGCAUUUUCUACAGAUGACAAAUUUAUAGCAACCUGUUCAGUGGAUAAAAAAGUGAAGAUUUGGAAUUCCGUGACUGGGCAACUAGUACAUACCUAUGAUGAGCACUCAGAGCAAGUCAACUGCUGCCAUUUCACUAACAGCAGUACUCACCUUCUCUUAGCCACUGGGUCAAGUGACUUCUUCCUCAAACUUUGGGAUUUGAAUCAAAAAGAAUGUCGAAAUACUUUGUUUGGCCAUACAAAUUCAGUCAAUCACUGCAAAUUUUCACCAGAUGAUGAGCUUUUGGCUAGUUGUUCAGCUGAUGGAACAUUAAAGCUGUGGGAUGUGAGAUCAGCAAAUGAGAGGAAAAACAUUAAUGUGAAACAAUUCUUCCUAAAUUCAGAAGAUUCUCAAGAAGAUACAGAAGUCAUAGUGAAAUGUUGUUCGUGGUCUGCUGAUGGUGAUAGGAUAAUGGUUGCAGCAAAAAACAGAAUCCUUGUUUUCGACAUGCAUACCAGUUGUAUAUCGGCAAAAAUCCAUACAGGCCAUCAUAGCACCAUUCAGUACUGUGACUUCUCCCCUCAGAACCAUUUAGCAGUGGUGGCCCUGUCCCAGUACUGUGUGGAGUUGUGGAAUAUAGACUCCUGUUUAAAGGUAGCUGAUUGCAGAGGGCAUUUAAGUUGGGUUCAUGGUGUGAUGUUUUCCCCUGAUGGAUCCUCCUUUUUGACAUCUUCUGAUGACCAAACAAUCAGGGUCUGGGAAACAAAGAAGGUAUGUGAGAACUCUGCUAUAGUGUUAAAGCAAGAAGUAGAUGUUCUGUUUCAAGAAAAUGAAGCAGUGAUCCUUGCAGUUGACAACAGACAACAUCUACAACUCAUUAAUGGAAAAACAGGUCAGAUUGAUUACCUGACUGAAGCUCAAGUUAGCUGUUGUUGUUUAAGUCCAACUCUUCAGUAUAUUGCAUUCGGAGAUGAAGAUGGAGCCAUUGAGAUUUUAGAACUUCUGAACAGAAGAGUGUUCCAAUCCAGAAUGGAGCGCAAGAAAGCACUACGGCACAUCCAGUUCACAGCUGAUGAGAAGGCCCUUAUUUCAAGUUCUGAUGAUUCUGUAAUUCAGGUUUGGAAUUGGCAGUCAGAGGAAUAUGUCUUUCUGCAAGCCCACCAAGAAACAGUGAAAGACUUCCGACUUUUAACAAAUUCAAGAUUGCUUUCUUGGUCAUUUGAUGGAACAGUAAAGGUAUGGAAUAUUAUCACUGGUAGAAUAGAAAAGGACUUUGUGUGUCACCAGGGUACAGUACUUUCUUGUGAUGUUUCUUCUGAUACUACCAAGUUUUCUUCUACCUCUGCCGAUAAGUCUGCAAAGAUUUGGAGUUUUGAACACCUCUCACCUCUUCAUGAGUUGAAGGGCCACGAUGCCUGUGUGCGCUGCUCUACCUUCUCUGUGGACAGUACCUUGCUGGCUACCGGUGAUGACAAUGGAGAAAUCAGGAUAUGGAAUGUUUCAAACGGUGAGCUUCUUCAUUUAUGUGCUCCGAUUUCUGUAGAAGAAGCAGCUGCUACCCAUGGGGGCUGGGUGACCGACCUUUGCUUUUCUCCAGAUAGCAAAAUGCUUGUCUCUGCUGGAGGAUAUAUUAAGUGGUGGAAUGUUGUUACCGGAGAAUCCUCUCAGACCUUCUACACAAAUGGAACUAAUCUUAAGAAAAUACAUGUGUCCCCUGACUUCAAAACAUACGUGACUGUUGAUAAUCUUGGAAUUUUAUAUAUUUUACAGAUUUUAGAGUAAAAUGAUUAGGCAUUAAUAUAGUUGACUUCCUUAAUGUUGAAUUGGAAAAAAAUAAUGAAACUGUAUAUCAACUUUUUAAAAACUGUGAAUUGUUUUCCAGUAUUGCAUUCAUUACAACUGUUUAUGGUUGGGUGAGUACUAUUAAUGUAGCUUUUCCCCAAGUGGACAGACCUUUAAUCUUGGUUUUUAUAUUCAUCAUCUUCAUUAACUACUUGUCCUUAAGAUGCAAAUGAAAAUGUAAAUAUGGGCCUUGUUAUACUGUUGGUAAAUUUUCUUGAUGCAUUCAAAUUGGUUGACAUAAUUAGAAUAAGUCGAAGGGAAUCUAUAUUUUAUAUCAUUGUGUAGGCUGUGCUCGAGGGAACAGUGUUACCCCAAUGUAAGAUAAUGCUAGUUCUCCCAAAUACAAUCUUGGAGCUUAUUUGUACUCCUUAAAUUUUUCUGAAACUGUUAAAGUCUGGGUACACAGUCUUCAACAUUUCCUUUAAUUAACUCAGUAAGUGAACAUUGGAUUUUAGCAGCUCUUUCUAUGAAGCCAAAAUUAUGUGUACAGAGGCUUCCCUGGAGUUCCUGGCAGCCCUGUGCCAUACCUAGAUUUUAGUUGUCAGUACCUGAGUUGGGCACUAUUCUCCUCUAAUCCUUCCUUCCUUCCUUCCUUCCUUCCUUCCUUCCUUCCUUCCUUCCUUCC